UCUACCCGGCAGUCAUCAAGGAAAGAUCUGAUGAAUUAAAUAUUUGGCAAAUACAUAGGAAAGGAGUGGAAGUAGGAUUCUGUUGGGUACGAGUGCAUGUAAGGGGAUAUCUAGUAACGAAGUGGCAGAUGAGCUACCUAAAAAUGCUUUAAAAAGGAAAUAAGUGGAUGUUAGCGUUCCUUUGGGUAAAGGUGAUAUUAAAUCUAUUAUAAGGAAAAAUAUUGAUAAAGAAUGGCAAGAGGUUUGGAAUAAUGAUUGUAAGGGUAGCCAUUUAUAUAAGAUCAAAAAACAAAACAAAAAAAAUGGUAGAUUUGUGGAAGAAAUAGGAAAGAAGAGGUUAUAAUAACUAGGUUAAGACUUGGGCAUUCAGGUUUGAAUUCAUCACUGUAUAUAACUGGAGUACAUGGAAAUGGUUUAUGUGAGUAUUGUGGAGUAAAAGAAACAGUUGAGCAUGUAAUAUUUGAAUGUAGUAGGUAUGAAGAGGAGAGAAGAAAGUUAAUAUUAUAUUUAAAUAAAAAAGGUCGAAAAGAUAAGGAUUUGGAAUUUUUAUUGGGUUGGGAGUAUAAUAGGGUACAGGAUUUUGAUGCAGUACUUAAAUACUACAGGUCUGAAUAAAAUAAUUGAAUAUACAUUAGAUUAAGGAUGCUAUUCCACACUUUUAAGAUCAUGAGGGGUUGAGGAUGGAGGAGCUGAACAUGCAGCACCAUCUGAAUCAUGGGGUCUUGAUUAAACUAGAGUGGGAACGAAGCAUCUAUUUUUAUUAUUUAUUUAAGGGAGUUGUGUACGAAAGCAGGGAGAGAAGGAAAACGAAAGAAUGGAAGGUUAAAGGAAAAGAUGAACUAAAUGAAUCAUGAUUGCAUUACAGUUCAGUAGGUGGCGAUAUGCACAUAGACUGCGAACCGCCAAAAGAAGAAGAAGAAGAAGAAGAAGAAGAAGAAGACAUUGUUCCUCUAACACGGAUGUGAGGAGCCGUUGCUAUGGGCUCCUUUAUGCUGUUGUCAUGAUUAUUAUCUAAAUAAACAAAUUUCUGAUUGACAGUAUGAAUUGAUCACUGAUAGCUGAGACUGCUGUAGUUUGUGAUGGCUAGUAAAGUCAAGUGGGUGACUGACAUUGAGAAAUCUGUGCUCAUCAAUAACUUUGAGAAGAGAGGAUGGAUUCAAGUGACGGACAGCGACGACUGGAACUUCUACUGGAUGAGCAUCCAGACCAUCAGGAAUGUCUUUAGUGUGGAUACAGGAUACCGACUGUCAGAUGAUCAGAUGGUGAAUCACUUCCCCAACCACCAUGAGCUGACCAGAAAAGAUCUGAUGAUCAAGAACAUCAAACGCUACAGGAAAGAGCUGGAGAAAGAGAACAGUCCCUUAGCAGAAAAAGAUGAACAUGGGAAAUACAUUUACCUGGAUUUUGUGCCGGUGACAUUCAUGUUGCCGGCUGAUUAUAAUCUGUUUGUGGAAGAGUUCCGGAAGAGUCCGUCCAGCACAUGGAUCAUGAAGCCGUGCGGUAAGGCGCAGGGCAAAGGCAUCUUCCUCAUCAACAAACUCUCGCAGAUCAAGAAGUGGUCUCGGGAUAGCCGCACAUCUACGUUUGUUGCAGCGAACAGUGGGAAGGAGGCUUACGUCAUCUCGUUAUAUAUUGAUAAUCCUCUGUUAAUUGGUGGGAAGAAGUUUGAUUUGCGCCUGUAUGUGCUGGUCACCACUUACAGACCUCUCAAAUGUUACAUGUAUAAACUUGGAUUUUGCCGCUUUUGCACAGUCAAAUACACCCCCAGCACAAGUGAGCUUGACAACAUGUUCGUCCAUCUGACGAAUGUUGCGAUCCAGAAGCACGGAGAUGAUUAUAAUCAUGUUCACGGUGGGAAGUGGACAGUCAGUAACUUGCGUCUGUAUCUGGAGAGCACAAGAGGACGUGAUGUCACCAAUCACCUUUUUGAUCAGAUCCACUGGAUUAUCGUCCAGUCUCUGAAAGCUGUAGCUCCUGUCAUGAACAAUGACAAACACUGCUUUGAGUGUUAUGGUUAUGACAUUAUUAUUGAUGACAAACUCAAACCAUGGCUUAUCGAGGUGAACGCGUCACCGUCGCUCACGUCCAGCACUGCUAAUGACCGCAUCCUGAAAUACAACCUCAUCAAUGACACGCUGAAUAUUGUCACACCAAACGCUGAAAUCCCAGACUGCCGCUGGAACCGCAGUCUGCCCAAAGAAGCUCUGGGACACUACGAAGUCCUUUACGAUGAGGAGCAGGCAAUGAGUGACAGCGCUGAGCGGGACCUCAGGAGUCGCUCUGGUCAGUCUUUGGGGUCCAAGGGCACGAGAUCAAGCAGCGUUCGACCUUUCCCAGCCACCUGGAAGUGAUGUCACCUUUUUAAACUCCGCCUUCAGUUUGGACUCACGACUGAGGAGGAUUGAGAGACUUGCAUGAUACGACCAGAGACACAAACCCUUUUACGCAUGAGACAUUAACAUGCACUUCUGACAACAGGAAUAUCUGAACAAGAGGAUUAUACUACUUUUGACUUGUAUUUAUUUGGUGAAAACUUUUUUCCAGAGUGACUAACAGGUAUAUAUUUUAUCAGUGUGUGUUCCCAUGUUGUACUUGUUGAGUUACAGGAACUACACACGCACAAAAAAAGUCAAAAGAAAAGAUGGUGCAAUACACUGGACUACAGAUUUUCUUUAUUUAAAAAUAAUCAUUUUAUAUAUGUACGUUUGUCUAUAUCACUGAAGGAAUGUGUAGCUUUGUAUAAGUUGUAACUGCUAUUUCACACAGAUACAAUAAAUGAUCCAUCAUG